GGAAUCAUAAAUCAAUAUCAGGUAUGCUGAAAUAAAAACUAAAAAAACGGUGUCAUCACUUCGAGAAAAUUGAGAGGGGGAUCUUGAAAUAUCCGCCCGGCAUCUCCCCUCUCUCUGUCUCUCUCUCUCGCCUAUAUACAUACACACACCUCCUUUGCGUACCUAACUUUGAAUUCACACGACAUCAAUGUCCGCUAUUCAAAUCCACUAAUUUUGCCCUCUUGUCUUAUCCCCUCUCUAUUUCUUUUCCAUUUUUACACAAACACGCGUACUCUUUUAACCUUUUCUUCUUUCCAUAACUAUCUCUUGUCUCAAUUCAGGAGGAUGACGAAAUCAGUUGGAGCCGAUUCGAGGAGAGCUUCGACGGAUUCGAGUGAAUUGCAGAGCGAGAGAGACUCGUCGGGAAAGGGGAAGAGGCUUUGGAAAAAAGUCAAGUAUCAGCUUGUUGAGUAUCACUCGUUGCCUGCUUAUUUGAAGGACAAUGAGUUCAUUUUAGCUCAUUAUCGAUCCGAAUGGCCUAUCAAGCAUAUUUUUAUGAGCAUUUUUACCAUUCAUAAUGAGACUCUCAACGUCUGGACUCAUUUAAUCGGUUUCUUCCUCUUCCUCGUUCUUACAAUCUAUACUGCAAUGGAGGUUCCAAAAGUUGUUGAUAGCAAUACCCUACAACAUCUACAUGAUGUAUUGAGAAAAGCUGACAUGCACAAAUUGCGUGAGGAUCUUUUGACAUGUCUUCCUUCCUUUCCAACCCUCCCAGAUCUACACAAUUUUCGAGAUGCAUUGAAGAAUUCAUUGCCAUUGACAGAUUUACUAACAUCACUAUCAAACUGGCAUAUCGUAGAACUCUUAACCAACUGUCUGCCAGAGAGUUUCUCUCACAUCAAUCACACUGAUAAUUGUGUUCUGCGUAAUGUGAAGGAUGAUAUGGUGAGCAUGAUAGCACCCCAGACAACGAGACAGAUCACACGAUGGCCAUUUUAUUCCUUCAUGGGUGGGGCUAUGUUUUGCUUAUUGGCAAGCAGUGUGUGCCACUUGUUCUCGUGUCACUCCAAGCGCUUAUCAUAUGUCAUGCUCAGGAUAGAUUAUGCUGGGAUUGCUGCCUUGAUCUCAACAUCUUUUUAUCCUAUCGUUUAUUAUUCUUUCAUGUGCUAUCCCUUUUUCUGCAUGUUUUACAUGGGAUUCAUAACCAUCUUAGGUGUUGCCACAGUCUUAGUUUCCCUCCUUCCAGUGUUUGAUAGACCUGAGUAUCGAAGUGUUCGUGCAGCCUUGUUUUUUGGAAUGGGCUUUUCAGGAGUGGCACCAGUCCUACACAAGCUUAUUUUGUUUUCGCACCAGCCAGAGGCACUGCAUACAACAGGGUACGAGAUUCUGAUGGGGGUUUUCUAUGGCAUCGGGGUGCUGGUUUAUGCAAUGAGAAUACCAGAGCGCUGGAUGCCCGGAAAGUUUGACAUAGCAGGGCAUAGCCACCAGCUGUUUCAUGUACUCGUCGUGGCUGGGGCUUAUACCCAUUAUUGUGCUGGGUUGGUUUACCUCAAGUGGCGGGACAUGGAAGGGUGUUGAGCAUCAGCAGUAAAAUAAUUCUUUUGUAUGUAACUGUAAUUGCAAUUGUAAUGCCGACUAUAAAUGCUUAUAUACUGUUGUAGUAAAAUACUAAAUAAACUCCACAUAUGUAAUACCGGGUGUGCUCUGUAUAAAUGUCUCCUGCAUUUUA